UUUUCAAGCAAGGCCCCGCCUUCCAAACAAACGCACCAAUCAACAGUACCAACAACAACAACAACGAAAAUGUAUCCCUGUAGACAGUCCCGUUCUGCCAGUAUCUCGCGAGAACUCUCUGUGCGUCGGCGGCCUUCUCGGAGUUCUUCCGAGCUUGCAGCCUCCCGGGUGCCGGCUGCGCCGUGACUCCGCCCUUUCUGAGCGCGCGCGCAGCGUGGCGGGAAUUUUGCUUGUUCCGGAUUUGGACCCCACGGAUUCUGGAACCGUGAUCUGGGCCACUGGGGCGGGUCCUGGGAACUGGAAGACUGGGCAGGCUGUGAAUUAAACAAUGGAUAACUGUUCCGCUGCAUCGACUUCCCUGACCGACAGCUUCGAGUUGGAGCUGCGGACAGAAUGGUGCAAACCCCCUUGCUUUUCUUGUGCUUUUGACAAUAGAGGAGGAGGAAGAAGUUUUUCUGGCGAGUCCUACCUUUCCAGCGGAGCCCUUAAGCGGCUAAUUUUGAAUCUUGAUCCUUUACCAACCAAUUUUGAAGAGGAUACAGUGGAAAUAUUUGGCAUUCAGUGGGUUACUGAAACUGCAUUAGUUAAUUCAUCUAGAGAGCUUUUUCAUUUAUUCAGGCAACAACUAUACAACUUGGAAACCUUAUUACAAGCCAACUGUGAUUUUGGUCAGGUAUCAGUCCUGCACUGCAAAGCAGACAAUAUUAGGCAACAGUGUGUAAUAUUUCUUCAUUAUAUUAAAGUUUUCAUCUUCAGGUACCUGAAAGUACAAGAUGCUAAGGGUCAUAUUCCUGUCCAUCCCUAUGAGGCUCUAGAGGCUCAGCUUCCCUCAGUGCUGGUUGAUGAGCUUCAUGGAUUGCUCUUGUAUGUUGGACAUCUGUCUGAACUUCCCAGUGUUAAUAUAGGAGCAUUUGUAAAGCAAAACCAGAUUAAGCUCUUUGCACCAUCAUGGCACCUAUUACAUCUCCACUUAGAUAUCCAUUGGCUGGUGCUAGAAAUUCUUCAUAUCCUGGGUGAAAAGUUGAAACAUGUUGUAUAUGGUCAUCAGUUUAUGAAUCUGGCAGGUGACAAUUUAACCAGUGUCAGUCUGUUUGAAGAACACUGUGAAAAUCUCCUUUGUGAUUUAAUAAGCCUGUCACUCAACAAGUAUGACAAGAUUAGACCUUCAGAAGCGUUAAUGAGUCACCAUUGUUCAUGUCCAUGCAUUAAAGAAUUAUGGGUUCUACUCAUUCAUCUUCUAGACCAUAGAAGUAAAUGGUCUCUCUCAGAAUCAUUUUGGAACUGGAUGAAUAAACUGCUUAAAACCCUCUUUGAAAAAUCAAGUGACCGGAAACUACCUGUGCCUGUAAUCCAGUCCAGGGAUCCAUUCGGUUUUAAUUGGUGGAUUAUUACUCAUUUAGCAUCAUUGUACCAGUUUGAUCGCCAUGGAGUACCAGAUGAAAUGAGACAAAUGGAAUCAAAUUGGAACUUUGUAGAAGAACUCCUGAAAAAGUCCAUCAGUGUUCAGGAUGGUAUAUUAGAAGAUCAAUUACGAAUGUAUCUUCACUGUUGUUUGACACUUUGUGAUUUCUGGGAGCCAAACAUUACAAUUGUCACCAUUCUAUGGGAACAUUAUAGUAAGAAUCUGAAUAGUUCUUUCAGUAUUUCUUGGCUUCCUUUGAAAGGCCUUGCAAAUAUCAUUAAGUCGUCAUUGUCUCUGCUUGAAAUGGUGAAGACCUGCUGUUGUGAUAAACAAGACCACGACCUUUAUAAGUCCAGCAAUAGUUACACCAUUUUCCUUUGUAUUCUGGCAAAAGUUGUUAAGAAAGCAAUGAAGAACAAUGGCCCUCAUCCUUGGAAACAAGUCAAAGGAAGAAUAUAUUCUAAAUUCCAUCAAAAAAGAAUGGAAGAACUAACAGAAGUUGGUCUGCAGAACUUUUUCAGCCUUUUUCUACUGUUAGCAGCUGUUGCAGAGGUGGAAGAUGUAGCAAGUCACGUUUUAGACCUCCUAAACUUCCUCAGGUCGGCCUCUAUAAUAUCUUCUCAAAGGGCCCUCAUUUGGAAGGGUCAGAUGGCCUUCCUCCUGAUGUAUGUCCAGAAAAAUCUGGACAUUGGUGUUUUGGCUGAGAAAUUGUCAGGCGCUUUCCGGGAGAAAGCAAAGGAGUUCUUAGUAUCUAAGAAUGAUGAAAUAGGACAGAAACAGACUCUCUGGACACUGCUUGCCAUCUACAUUGAUGGUGUCCAGGAGGUAUUUGAGACCAGCCAUUGCUUACAACCUUCACAUGAAAAACUGCUUAAUGAUGGAUUUACUAUGCUUUUGCCAGCUUGUCAAGAGUCUGAACUUAGGACGGUACUGAACUUUCUGCAAGCUGUUCUGGCCAGAGUCAGGAGUAUGCGUCAACAAUUGUGUCAGGAACUUCAAACGGAGAAUGUGGACCUAGUUGUACAGUCUUCAUUAUCGGCUAAAGAGCGCCACCUUGCUGCUGUUGCCAGUGCACUAUGGAGACAUUUCUUUUCAUUUUUGAAGAGUCAGAGAAUGUCACAGACAGUGCCUCACUCACAACUUGCAGAUGCAGCUGCAGAUUUUACUUUGUUAGCAAUGGACAUGCCCAGCUCAGCUCCAUCAGAUCUUCAGCCUCAACCAGUUAUAUCAAUGAUUCGGCUUUUUGGUUGGGAUGAUAUCAUCUGGCCCCAAGUUGUAGCAAGAUAUUUAAGUCAUGUCCUACAAAAUAGCGCGUUAUGUGAAGCACUCUGUCAUUCAGACUAUGUGUCUUUUCAAGCCUUAACUGUAAGAUCAUGGAUCCGUUGUGUUUUGCAAAUGUAUAUAAAAGACUUCUCUGUGCCUGAUGAUUUGUUCAUUGGUAUAAAUCCUGAACAGGCAGUUGAGAAAGACUACAUGCAACAGUUGGUUGAACUGACAAGGUUGCUGUUUAAACUACCAGAAGUAAAGGAUAUUUUCUCAAAGGCUCAAAUUGAAUAUUUAACCAUCUUAGAAGACCCUAAAAAAGCACUUGUUCAAUUCCUUGAGGCUGUGGGCAUAACUUACAGGAAUCUGCAGACACUUUCUGAUAAAUCUGCCAUGGUCACAAAAUCCUUAGAAUACCUUGGUGAAGUAUUAAAAUAUAUAAAACCUUAUUUGGGAAAAAAAAAUUCCAGUGCAGGGCUGCAGCUGACUUAUGGGAUGAUGGGAAUUCUUGUUAAAUCAUGGGCACAGAUCUUUGCCACCUCUAAAGCCCAAAAAUUACUAUUUCGGAUCAUAGAUUGUUUGCUGCUACCACAUACGGUGUUACAGCAAGAAAAGGAGCUGCCUGCAGCUAUGUUGACUGCAAUUCAGAAGAGUCUUCCUUUGUAUCUCCAGGGCAUGUGCAUCGUGUGUUGCCAGUCUCAAAAUCCAAAUACCUAUUUGAACCAAUUAUUAGGAAGUGUUAUUGAGCAGUACAUUGGGCGGUUUCUUCCAGCUUCACCGUGUGGUUUAGGUGUUGGACAGCAUCCUGUUUUGUUGGCAUUGAAAACGUCAGCCACUGUUCCACCGAUGUCAUCUCUAAAGAAAUGCAUUACACAAGUUAUAAGCACACCAAAAGAAUAUGCAGUCAUUGCUUCUGAAAUCUUAUGUUUGAAGAUAGCAUGGAAGUCUUAUUUUCAUUUUAAAGGAUCCUCACCCCCUCCUCGCUUAGCAUCCAUUUUGGCCUUUAUCCUCCAGCUCUCCAAGGAAGCUAACGUAGACAUUUGUGAUGUUGAACUACUCCUCCCCGGUGUCUUAAAAUGCUUGGUGUUGGUCAGUGAACCCCAAGUUAAAAGGCUGGCCACAGAGAACCUGCAGUACAUGGUAAAAACCUGCCAAGUGGGGUCAGAAGGAGAACCUGCCGCCCAGCUGACUUCUGUGUUUAGGCAGUUUAUCCAGGAUUUUGGGAUGAGAUACAGUUAUCAGGUUUACAGCAUCUUAGAAACAGUAGCAGCAUUGGACCAGCAGGUUGUUAUCCACUUGAUUUCUACCCUCACUCAAUCUCUGAAGGAUUCAGAGCUGAAAUGUGGCCUUGGUAGAAAUAUUGCACAAAGGGAAGCCUAUGGCAAACUUUUAUCUCACCUUGGACAAGUGGGACAAGAUGAGAUGCAGAGACUGGAAAAUGAUAAUACUUAAUGUAGUUUGUGAUUCAUCCUCUUUAUUGAUUAUCACAAUCUGAAGCCACUUUGCACCACCCCAACUUCUACUUUUAAUUAAUUGUAUAAUGUUCUUUUAAAAAUACUAAGAUUUUUUUUCCUUACAUACCUGUAAGUAUAAAGUAUAUAAAUAAGGAAAUAAAAGGCUAAUUAACUGUUAUAGGAUCGUUGGAAUUGAAGAAACUUUUUCUAACUGGGAGUGUUGUCUUGGUUGUACUGGUUGCUCCAUCAGCUUUUUACUUUGAUGUGAGUUCCUGCCUUGAGACUUGAUUUGUGCAUGUUUAUUUUUUUAAUUUUUGAGGUUUUUUUGUUUGUUUGUUUUUUACAAUUUAUGUUUUAAUAUGAUACUUUUUCAAAUUACCUGGCUACCCUAUGCUGUUUUUUUGGGGGGAUAGAGGAGAGACUAUCUUUAUUUUCUUUUUUGUUUUGUUUUCUCAUACUAUGUGUGAGGAAAGUUCAUAAAUAAAACCCUUAUAAAACACACUUAACUCCGUUAGGAAUAAGUCUUAGUCUGGCUAAAUGAUUGUACAUAUAAUACCUAAAAAUUUUUAAACCUAAGCCUACAGUGUUUAUGAUUAUGUUGCAACAGUUGCCAGACUUUUUUCUCUACUCAUCCUUUCAGAAUUGUCUUUAAAAGACAUAUUACAAGGAAGAGAAACAAAAGCCUUUAACAAAACAAUAAAUAAUAAACUCAGGAAUAUUUUAAGAUUACAAAUUAACAGAAUCGUAGAAGUCAGCUGAUCUGUCUCCUUGCUCUUCAGUCAGAGCCUCUUAUGACAGCAUCUUACCAUUUACAGGGAACCAGUUUAGGUUCAUUUAGUAGCUAUUAUUUCUCAACUUUUAACCCCAUC